AUGGCACUUGGCGUGCUAAAUUCACAGUUGAAGAGCUCCCUAAGUGGAAGCGCAUUUUUUGACCAUGGUUCCAAAGAGGAACCUCCACCUCCCCUUCGAAGCUACCUUAGUUUCACCAUUUUCACGUGCUUUUGUCCUGCGUACCCAGUUAACAUUGUGGCCUUAGUUUUCUCUGUCAUGUCUAGAAACAGUUAUUACAGAGGGGACUACGAAGGCUCCAGGCGACUGGGCAGGAAAGCGCUCCACGUGGCCAUUGCCUCUCUCAUCAUUGGUCUUCUCAUCAUCGCCAUCUCCUGCAUUGUUCAUUUUACCACAAUGGAUUUUUAGUGCAGUGGAAGUGGAGAGAGAAGAUGAUUCAGAGCAGAAACCUCUGUGAAUGAGCUCAGGUGAUUUGUUCGCACUGUCUGCCAAUGAAAGGAUUCAGACACAACUCAUGUUUAC